UAAUACGUGCGUGCAAAGCCAGCGACAGAAUUAAAAAUGAAAAUAUUUUCUGUCGAUAACGGGACGUGCUUCGUGGUUGCUAGCCUCGCGUUAGUUACGCUCCGAAUCGUCUUUUUUAUUGGUCCAAACUGUGACACGCUAUAUUUUGUUGUCAUGAUAGUGACCGGGUUCGAGCCAAAUUUCCCGUUUCGUCAGAGCUGGACGGUUUUUUUAGAUAGUUAAUGAGACACGAUAGAGAACGGCUGCCAAACCGUGAAUUUAUUUGCAAAUCACCCACAAACGUACCGUGAACUGAUCGUCUAUUUCCGAAUGCUUUUUACUGCUACUGCUUCAUCAUGUUCAGGCAGUUAUGAUUCUCCAAUUGAAUCGAAAACUUGUAUUUACAGGAAUUCUUCGAUAUCGUCGAAACGCUUUGGAAGGACCGGGGUGUUCAACAGAGUUACGAGAGGAGUAACGAGUACCAACUAAUUGACUGCGCCAAAUAUUUUCUAGAUAAGGUAGCCAUUGUUAAACAACCGGAUUAUACCCCCACGGAACAGGACAUCCUCAGGUGUCGAGUCCUUACGUCCGGUAUCUUCGAAAUGUGGUUUCAAGUCGACAAAGUAAACUUUCACAUGUUCGACGUUGGUGGUCAACGUGACGAAAGGAGAAAGUGGAUACAGUGUUUUAAUGAUGUAACGGCAAUCAUAUUUGUAACAGCAUGUAGUAGUUAUAACAUGGUACUCAGGGAGGAUCCGACAAAAUUAAGACUUAGAGAAAGUUUGGACCUCUUCAAAAGCAUUUGGAACAAUCGGUGGCUCCGCACAAUUUCCGUAAUUUUAUUUUUAAACAAGCAAGAUCUAUUAGCGGAAAAAAUAAAAGCUGGAAAGCACAAACUAGAGGAUUAUUUUCCAGAAUUCGCGCGAUAUCAAACGCCAGUUGAAGCUGGAGUAGUGGCAGAUCCUUCGGAACCUCCCGACGUUUUGAGGGCCAAGUACUUCAUUAGAGAUGAAUUUCUUCGUAUAAGCACAGCCAGCGGCGACGGCAAGCACUAUUGUUAUCCGCACUUUACAUGCGCCGUCGAUACGGAGAACAUCAAGAGAGUGUUUAACGAUUGUCGGGACAUCAUUCAACGGAUGCACUUGCGCCAGUACGAGCUCUUGUGACUUCGUUCCUGCCGACAUGUUCUGUUAUCUAUUCGUAUAAAUAUUACGGUAAUGCUCCAUCCUGAGCUAACGCGAGUCAAGCCAAUCGUACUGUGGGCGAUCUGAAUAAUAUCGCGAUGUACGAUGAUAUAUAACAUUGGUGUGUGGAAUUCUUCUUCGCGUAUCUGAAGCCGUUUAAUUAUUCAGAAAGUAACGCGUCGGAGACUCCGCGUGUACGCAUAAUUGAUGACUGCAAGUCGAUCGUUCUUCUUCGACAAAGAGUUCAAGGAGAAAAGUUGAUGCGCAGCAGUUGGGAGUUACCUAAACAAAAAAAAAAAAAAAAAAAAAAGAAAUCUGUAUCACAAUGGAGAAUCGCUUACUAUGUCAUUGGUGUACAAGCAAAUUAUGCCCUUGCGCAUUCUACUCUAACGAUCGUUCGAAUAGGGAAAAAAAAGUAUUUCGGGCAUUUCGAUCACUCGACUCCUUUUUUAGGUUUCGUCGAGAGUGUGCUGAACGUCGUGAUUGAGGGAGGGGGGGGGGGGGGGGGGAUAAUAAUAUUCGUUGCUAGAAAAACACGUGCAAUUUUAACUAUUACCUCGUUAAUUUUAUUCUUAUUACGCAUCAAUUCGUUGAUAAGAGAGUGAGAGGAAAAUAGAGAGCGAGAGAGCAAGCGAACGACUGAAAGAGAGCGAGGACGUACGAAUGUUUUAACGUGGGCCAUUGUUACAAAGUAACAUGACGGGAUCGUGUAACGGCUCUUUCGUCCGGCACACUCGUCGCAUUAUUAUCUCGUUCAGAUUUAGUAUUAAGAAUGUUUCUUAAGACUUAGGUGAUUUCUCCGAUAAAAAUCCUUAUCGUUGAACGUUUCUUUACUCAUUUUCGAAUCUCUAUUUUUGCCCUUGCCCCUUAAAACGAUUUAAUUAUAUACGAUUUCCGUGUUUUAUUGGUAAAUUAAUUUUUUUCGAAUUUCCGAAUCUCGACUUUUAAUCGCAUUGGCCCGACCCGUAGGAGUCUCAGCCGCACCUUUUUACAAGGAGAGUAUUUUGUGAGAUUUUACAGUAUUUCGAAGAGUGUUUUAAUUAUAUAACUAUGUAUCAAAUAUGUACAGGGUGACCGUCCACGAAUUCAUGUUUUUAUGUACGUUUCCUAUGAAUCGAAAUUCCUCACUGAUAUCGUUUUUACUGAUUUCCAUUGAACUACUUUAAAUUCGUGUACUUAGGCACAUACAGGAUGUUUCAUUUAUCUAGCAAAAUGGAAAUAUCUCGUGAGAGAUUGAAAUUAUAAAAGAAAUUUUCCUAUAAAAGUUGUUUGGCAUAAGGGGUGCAUCAUGUAGUAUUAAUGGUAUUUUUCUGGAGAAGAUUUGGAGAAUAGUGAAGGAAAUUACGUGGUCGAUUUUCGUUUAAUGGAAUUGUAUAAUUUCGAGUUAUCUGACAGUAAUGAUCGAUUCGUCUGACAUUUUCUGUAAAAAAAAUAUCAACCUAUUUAUAUCGAAAAACAUUUUGAAAUGUUUAUCAACAUACAUUUUAUCAACUCAAUAUCAACCUACUAUGUCAGAAAACAAAGAGGAGAUAUUUUCUCUUCAAUUUUGUAAAAUUUAUGAGAGAGAAGGAAAGAUAUGAGUGAUAUUUCUGUGUUUGUGUUAUCCUUUUCUUUCAUCUGAUAAGCUUUGUAAAACUAAAAUAUCGAAAAUAUCUCUUAAAUCAGUCGUUUUUGGACAUAAAUAGGUUAAUUUCUUUUUUCUUUUUUUAUAGAGAAUGCUCAGAUAAAUCUAUUUGAAAUUAUACGAUUCCAUUUAAAAGAAUUAACUUGACUUUGAAACUUCUCCGCCAUUCCAUCCACAAAAAUGCCAUUAGCAUCACAUAAUGACUUUUAUAGUGUCUUAAACGACUUUUAUAGAAACAUUUUUUUGUAACUUAAGAGACCCUUACGAGGUAUUUCCAUUUUGCAAGAACGGAACAGCCUGUAUAUUAUCAUUAUAGCUAGUGUCUACAUGUAAAUCCUAAACGUAUGCAAGCGAAAUGUGCCACGGGGGAAAUUCGUUUUACACGUACACUUUUGACUAUAGCGUUAGGCUCCAACUUUACAACAAUCAAAGUACGUCAAUGUAAACGUUAUAACAUACGCGGAGAUAUGAUACGUUGCUUAUUUAUUCGACUUCGUAACAUAAAGUCCCGCGUGCCGUAAAUGCUUUAUAUCCCGACGGUAUGCAACAUGUACAAAUUUCAAUUGAUACAUCCAAAUGAUCAGUUAUUAUCGGAACUUCUUAGGGUAAAGUUUCCUGAACCAAAGUGCGAUGUGCGAAUUUCUUAUCUCAAAUAUCUUUACUAUUUGGACACCCUGUAUAUGGUAAGUCUCCUAUUAUUCUUUCUUUUUUUUUUUUUUUUUUUCUUUUUUAAUCUUAACUAUAUCUUUUCUUUUCCAAAUUUUUUUUUUUUUUUCCUUCAAUUUCAUACUACAGAGGACGAGAGGGGUUUGUACGCGUGUGCGAACUGCUUUGAAAUUACGCGCAUUGCGGUUAUUAACUCGCACGUGCGUGCACGUGCAUUCUACUAUAAAUACAUAAACUGGUGAAUGGAUAUACGUAUUAGUGACAGAAAGAAAAAGAAAAAAAAAAAAUAGAAAAGAAAGGAAGCAUUCAUCUCAAACGCAAGGCGCUUUUCUUUCUCGCGGCAGCACAUCCACUCGCAUACAUACAUCCUCAUACCCCUAGAUUAAGUGCGGGUUACUGAUCUGUGUAAUAUCUACUUUUAUAAUAGAUAACAAGAGUUUAACGUCAAAUUAAACUGAAUAAAAUAAGAGUACGAGUAAGCCACGUUCCGAAGUUUUAUGUAACACGACGUGAAUAUAUUGGGGCAUGCGGUCUUACUAUCCUUAUUAUCGUGUCAUUUCGAACGUCUUUCUAUCAAACUUUCAAUCAUGAUUUUUUUUCUUUUUUUUUUUUUUUAUUUAUUCGUUACGAUGGAUCGUUUCUUUAUAAACCAAAAGAAAUAGAAAUAAGAGAAAGAUUCUGCACAGAACGAAAAAAAAAAAAAAAUCAACUCUUUUUCUUAUUUUUUACACGAUUGCUUAAUCUUGUGAUGUUUUCCUUUUUUCAGUACUUUACAUCGACGAAUCAUUCUUCUCUUCGUAUCCCAUAUGAAAAUUACAUUUAUCCAGCGAUAUGGAUAACCCGAUUCUUUUUAAUCCAUUCGAUGAUGUUCCAUCCGAUUAUCAUAUGUUUAAAUAUUGUGGCUGUCGAAACAAUGAGGAUAGAAAUUCCGGACAUUGCAUAACGGUUACUCCGUGACAUGCUGACGAGCCCACAUCCUCAUAAAUGUACUCUCAUGUAAUAUCAAUAUAUGGGCCCGUGUGCAUACAUAUAUAUGUAUACCUAUCGUACUAAACAUAACUGACAAGCCAUAGUUUGUAACGGUAUUUAUAACUUUACGAAGUGUUAUUUUUACUGUAAAACUUAAUGACAGAUGUAAAAGUGAGACAAGAAUGUUAGGGUGUGAAAGACAGCGAGCCUGCAUCUGCGAGUAUACAUAUAUAAUAUUACCUGUCAAUGAAAUUUCCGUGAAACUUUAAUGUUCAUCCAGCACAAAGAAAUGUGAGCCAUCAUUUCGUAUGAACGAGUAUUGUGAAAUUAGUAUUGUUGCGAGUAUUCUUAUAUUUUUUCAUUGUGAUUUUAUUUUCCUUCCUUCUUUUUUUUUUUCUUUUUCUUUUUUGUUGAAUAUGGAAACGCGUUUGUCCUAAUUUCGAAUGCUUUCUUCAACAACAUCGGACAACAGAGAAAAAAAGGAAGAGAAAAAUGUGAUUUGAUCGUCUAUGAAAAAGAAGAAAAAGGAAAAAAAAUAUAUAUAUAUAUAUAUAUAUAUAUAUGACGUACGAUGAAUUUGAAUCUAAAGGGUAUUCGUAGAUCGAUCGUCUGUUUUCGUCGGCCGCGGCGCAAUUAAAAAAAAAGAAACACACACACAGGCAAAAAAGGGAAACACUUGUUACUAUGACUUAUUGAAUGCAAACGAAAUUCGUGUAAUUGUAAUCGAUUUUUGUGCGCGCGUACACAAGCGAGAAACAAACGAAUACCGAAUUAAUAACUAAUAAAUUUUACGUGGCCACGAUUAUAUAUCGAUAUACAUAUAUAUAUAUACAUACAUUAUAUUAUACAUACAUUAUAUACGUACAUAUAUAUUAUAUAUAUUGUAUACAUACACCGAUCGCACAAGUCAUUUUCUUUUAUUGUACGUACAAUGUACCAGGCAUGUGAAUAUGUACAUGUAAAAAUAAGUAGUGCAAGUAAUUAUUAUUUGUAAAUAAUAAUGGCAAGUUCGUACAGAUAGGAAGUAAUGAUGCAUUGGUAGUUUGACGAAGCUAACUUGAAAUUGUGCGUUUGGUUGAUGAACUGUUCGGUACAAUAAUUCAUUAUUGGAGGAACAUCUUACGUUCGCUUAACUAAAAACGUUGUAUUUGCAUUUAAAUAUCUCGAUAAUGAUUGCGAGUAUUGCUUCUUGUUUUAUAAUGUAUCGAAAAAUUCUCUCUUUUCUUUUUGUUUUCCUCGAUGCUGAAACAAAAUCAAAGGAUCGAAAUUCAAAGGAUUCACUUUGUACGAAACGAACUACUUUCUGUUUCUUCUUUCCUCGCGAUUACGAUCCUCGUCGUGCAAAUGAAAAUCGUCGAUGAAAUACGGAACAGCGUUGUCCACAAAGUGCAUUGUUCACUUGCAUUUCACAGUAUUCUUUGUGGUCCACGUUGCUAAGAGAGCAUUGCCUUAAAAAGCGAAAGUCAAAGUAGACGAAGUAGGCACGAUUGGAAUCGUCGUAACGAAAGAUAUAUAUAUAUAUAUAUAUAUACACAAAUGAGCUGAUGGUGCAAGGUUGCUGGUGAUUAUUCUCGAUAAGUAAUUAAAUAUAAUUGAAUUCGAUUUCUGAAUACGAUUGCAUCAUCGAGACUUUCUAGUUGUCUCGGAAAAGACCGAGAAAAACACUAUGAAAUUGUAAAUUCGUUACGCCUUUCUAACGAGGCCACGAAACGUCUGCUCGUAGAUAAAUACGCGUUUUCUGCUACCAUUCUCGCGUUUAUGUUAAGAAUACAGAGUCAUUUAUUGUGAUCGUCCUAUCGUUACGCUGUUACUCGAUAAAAAAAAAUUGUCUUUACACAGUCAGAUUUUAUUGAAGCGAAAGAGUAGUUAUAGUACUAUUAUCAUUAUUCUUAUUACCAUUAUUAUUGUUAUUAUUAUUAUUAUUAUAUUAUCAUCACUGUCAUCGUGUCUCAUUGUCAUUUUCAUCGUCGUUAUUGUCGUCAUUAUCAUCGUGGUUAGCGAUUACUGCUGUAAUCAUUGUUAAGAAGGCUAUCUUUGGGAGAAAUUAGAUUCAUCUGUACAAUCUAGAGCAAUGUAUUUAUUUAAACUGACCACGAUCAGUGUAGAUGAAGAAAAAUGAACGUUGUAACGUUGUAUUUGAAUUGUGAUUGUCUUUCUGAGUAGAAUAGAAAUGUUCGUUUUUCGUGCGCCGUAGUUAUUUGCAUUUGAGAAAGGAAACUGCAAUAUUUCGUUAUUGAAAGGGAAGAAAAAAAAAAAAAAGGCCGAAGAAGAAUCUAAAAAUCUACGUCACUUUUCUACGACAAACAUUUGUUCGGAUCGUGGUCCUGCAGAUAAUUCUAAUACGAUUUAAUGAGAGGCGAAGUUUUUAGAAGUUUUGAUGCAAGGCGAAGAUGGAUUCGUGAACAACGUAUGCAUCUACGUAUAUGCAUAGAGACUGGAUAAUCGUUUUUCGAAAUUGUUGGAAUUAUUAAAUCAGUGACGCGUGCACGAAUGCAUGGAUAUCAAAUAAGUUCAAUCGUCUGAGAUUACGAUUAUCGUUGCAUUUAUUACAUUGUGCGGUGAUGUAAGGGUGCUAUUUUUGUUUUUAUUGGAAAAGGAAAAGCGUUGAGCGAAAAGAAGAAAGAGAAAGAAAGGAGAAAUGAAAAUGUCAUUCGAUCGAACACGCACAUUGAUUCGUCUUAAUCGAUUUUUAAACAACAACAUGUAGUAGCCUACGGUUGUGUCCCUUUGUUUUUCUUACUCUUCAGUAUCGUUGACAGUAGAGAAUUAUCAAUAAUUCGCCUGUGUCAAAUGAUUACAAUUUGCUUCGAGAACGUUCUUUGAAUAUUUUUGCUAAUUAUUUUAGCAUAACUGUAUAACAAAUAUGUUACGUUCAUGUUAAAAAUAAGCAUUUCAUUAGUAGAACGCGUAAACGUAAUACAGUCUUAGGUGAAUGUGUUUCAUAAAACAUGAAAAAGGGCUCCCUGUAAAUUUCCCAAGUGACGACAUAAUCUCUCAGAGACCACCAUUUUUAUAUUUCUUCUAUUUAAAACAUCCUGACAACCGUUCUGUAUCAUGGUUUCAAACGUUUCCCGACUGUGGAUCGUGCCUGUCUAAUACUUAUCUCAACUAUUUCGUUAAUCUUUUCGUUCCAGAUCGGAAAUCAAGAUUACUUUAAUAGAACUCUUAGAAUCAUCAAAGUGAUCUUGACGUUGAAAAGUCGCACGUUCCUUUGUAAUUUUUUUCGUUCGUUCGAUUAUCGAAUCACUUCAACGUAAGACCACUUUGACUCAAAGACUUAUUAGAUAAAAAUGUGAAAGACAAGAGAAAAAAAAGCUACUUGUGCCUCCAGCGCGGUAACUAUCCUAUUUGUUAAACAAACAGAUAAGAGAAGUUGUGGACUCUUGCCACAUAUUCUGUCGAAGUAAUUUGUAUAAAAAUAUAGGUAUAUGUAUGCUGAUCGAUCGUCGGUGUUGUCCGAAGUCUUAACUUCUGUCUAGUCUUCAUCAUAUUGUUCGUUAGGAUUCAAAACGUUCAUGAACCGUGGACAUUCAUUUGAUAUAAGCAUUUUGUAAAAUUACGGAAUUUAUUUCUGAAUAAAGACAAACAAUGAUUAAAUUGAGGUGACCGAAUUUGGAAAACUGGCGAACAUUUUAUUGGAUAUUACAAUUAUUUGGAAAACAAUGAUUAAAAAUUAUGCAAGGAGAGAAGGGAAUUUAUCUCGGCGAUUUUAGUGAUGAAAAAGAAAAUAACAGAUCACUUAAUCGUUUGUGUAUAAAUGUAUUUCACGUAAUAAUGGAUGAGAAUUGAGAAAUGUAGAAGAAGAGGGAGAGAAGAGUUUUACCAACUCGUCAAUAAGUACGUCCCUCCCUCCCCCAUUUUAAAUAAAAAAAAAAAGAAAACCGUGUUUUCUCUCCGAUUCUUAAUGAAUUCGUUGUUGCGUGUAUCUUAGAAGUAUGUUUAGCUGAAGAUAUGAAAGAUAACUAUUGAUGCAGGCGCAAAUGUAAGAGUAAACGAAGGAAACGUUGAAUAGUAAUAUUCGAACAAUCGCUAAUUAACUGAAUGAAUGAAUAAUGACGCGUACAAUGGAAAUACACACCAUGUGUGCGCGUGCGCGUAACACACCCACACAAAUAAAAAAUAUGCGUGAUGUAAAUGAAUAAUAACUCGAGAAAUUCGUUUAGGAAAUUAAAUUAAAUAUUGUCCGCCUCAUGACUUCUCUUGACAUAUUAAAGUGCAGUGCAUUUGUGAGAACGAGCAGGAGGAAUUUUUUUUAAAAAGAUUUAGAGCAGCAAGUACUCGCGAUAUAAUUACACGAUAAAAGAAAUAAGGGGAAGAAAUACUUAAGUCGAUAUAUAUUGCGUACAAUGCAAUCAAAUGAAAAGAUAUGGUUACUAUAUAAAAUAUGCGAACAAGUAUUGAUCGCCCGAAGCUAUUUAAGUAAGAAUCAUGGGGUGGACAUGUAGUAUAUAUGAUAAAUUGAUACUGAUAUUUAUAUAUAUAUACAUAUAUACGUAUUUAUAUAUAUAUAUAUAUAAAUAAAUAAAUAUAAUUCAUUGAAUUAAUGUGAUCGAAUGAUUCCGCGUGUGUGAUAGCUAGUGUGUAUUAAAAAAAAAAAGGAAGAAUGAUUCGUACGACUGUAAAUGUGUUUUUAAAUUACAAGAAGAUAAAAAAUAUUUCAUUCUCAUUCUGUGAUGACUGUCUGAAUAUGAGGAGAAAAAUGUUUUCAUGAAUUUAUGCUGAUUAAUCAAUUAAAUUAUUAUUAGCGAAUAAAGAGUUCGACUCGUGUUGUAAUUGUGCAAAAGGAAUAAAAAGAAACCAUCUACAAGUGUGAAGAUACAUGCGCCUCGUUUGUUCGUGUGAAUAAGAUAGACGCGUUAUGUUCUUAUAACGUGUGCUAACACGUGAAUUAUAUACACUAUUUAAAAAAGAAAGGGAGAACACGUACGCUAUAUCUGAAUGCAAAACGGUAUGAUUUGUAUACUGUACUGUUUAGUCGUUUACCAUUAAUUUCGAGAAAUGUGUAUAAAUUAUUAUGUGUAAUUAAACAAAAAUCAUUUAGUAAA